UUGUUCCAAUGCCGGAGACUGCCGCUGCCACCCUGCCCAAGGUCCCCGAAAGCCUUCUUAAGAAGCGCAAGACCGCCGAGAAGCUGAAGGCUGAGCGCGCCGUCCGCGCCGCCAAGCAGGUCAAGGCUCGCCGUGCCCAGCGCAAGGUCAUCUUCAAGCGCGCUGAGAGCUACGUCAAGGAGUACCGUCAGAUCCAGAAGGACGAGGUCCGCCUGCGUCGCGACGCCAAGACUGCUGGCAACUUCUACGUCCCAGCAGAGGCCAAGCUCGCUUUCGUUAUCCGCAUCCGAGGUAUCACCGGCAUCCACCCCAAGGUCCGCAAGGUGCUGCAGCUCCUCCGCCUGCUCCAGAUUCACAACGGCGUUUUCGUCAAGCUGAACAAGGCCACCAUCAACAUGCUCCGCAUUGCUGAGCCCUACAUUGCUUACGGUUACCCCAACCUCAAGUCUGUUCGCGAGCUCGUCUACAAGCGCGGCUUUGGCAAGGUCCACCGCCAACGCAUUGCCCUGACCGACAACCGCAUCAUCGAGAACGCCCUCGGCAAGCUCAACAUUAUCUGCGUUGAGGACCUCAUCCACGAGAUCGUCACCGUUGGCCCCCACUUCAAGGAGGUUACCAACUUCCUCUGGCCCUUCAAGCUGUCGUCGGCUCUUGGCGGCAUGCGCAAGGUCACCCAGCACUUCAUCGAGGGUGGUGACUUUGGCAACCGUGAGGACAAGAUCAACGAGCUCAUCCGCUCCAUGAACUAAGUUUUCUGUUUCUCGCCAGUCCACUGUUCCUGACCCCCCAUCCCUAUCUUCAAUGGAGUAUUGUGAGUGCUUGUGCUUGAGCGAUGCGCCCCACCAAAUAAACAUUGUUGUUGCAAUU